AUGUUCAUCAACAAACGCGACAAGCGCGUGCAGCAGUACAAGGCAAAGGACGAGGCCGACCGUAGACGCCGAGAAAAGGAAGCCAAGGCGCAGGCGGAGGAGAUCGCGCGCGAGAAAAAACAGCGGCGCCAAAUGGAGCGUCAGGAAGCCUUGCAGCAGUACGAAGAGCAG